GUCCGAGUUACAACCAUGGAUGCUGAGCUGGAGUUUGCCAUCCUGCCCAGCACGACUGGCAAACAGCUCUUUGACCAGAUAGUGAAGACCAUCGGGCUGAGGGAAACCUGGUUCUUUGGCCUCCAGUAUCAGGACAGCAAAGGCUUCUCCACCUGGCUCAAACUGAACAAGAGGGUGACUGCGCAAGAUGUGAAGAGGGACAACCCUUUGUUGAUCAAGUUCAGAGCAAAGUUUUACCCUGAGGAUGUCACAGAGGAAUUGAUCCAGGAAGCAACUCAGCGCCUUUUCUUUCUGCAGGUCAAAGAAUGCAUCCUAAAUGAUGACAUAUACUGUCCACCUGAGACUGCCGUGCUCUUGGCCUCGUAUGCGGUUCAGGUCAAACAAGGAGACUACAGGAAAGACUAUCACGCGACGGGAUACCUUGCAAGAGAGAAGCUGCUGCCACAGAGGGUUUUGGAGCAGCACAAGCUGAAUAAGAAUCAGUGGGAGGAGAGAAUCCAGGUGUGGCAUGAAGAGCACAAGGGAUUGCUGAGGGAAGAUGCCAUGGUGGAGUACCUCAAGAUAGCCCAGGAUCUGGAGAUGUACGGUGUCAACUACUUUAACAUCAAGAACAAGAAAGGGUCAGAGCUGUGGUUGGGAGUGGAUGCCCUGGGGCUGAACAUCUACGACAAAAAGGAUAAGAUGACCCCAAAGAUUGGCUUCCCCUGGAGUGAGAUCAGAAACAUUUCCUUCAACGACAAGAAGUUUGUCAUCAAACCAAUGGACAAGAAAUCUCCGGAUUUUGUUUUCUACGUGCCUCGUCUCCGCAUCAACAAACGUAUCCUGGCAUUGUGUAUGGGGAAUCAUGACCUGUACAUGCGUAGACGUAAACCCGACACUAUCGAGGUGCAGCAGAUGAAGGCCCAGGCCAGGGAGGAGAAGAACAAGAGGCAGAAGGAGAAGGCUCUGCUGGAGAGUGAGAAAAAAAAGCGAGAAAAUGCUGAGAAGGAAACAGAGAAGAUUGCUCGUGAGACCAUGGAGCUGAUGGAGAGAUUGAGACAGAUUGAAGAGCAGACAAAGAGAGCUCAAGAUGAGCUGGAGGAGCAGACUCGCAAGGCUCUUGAAUUAGAGAAGGAGAGGACAAUAGCUCAGGAGGAGGCUGAGCGACUGGACAAGGAGCGCAGAGCUGCAGUGGAAGCUAAAGCAGCCCUGCUCUACCAGUCUGAACACCAGAUCAAGGGCCAGGAAAGCCUGGCCACUGAGCUGGCAGAGCUUACUUCUAAGAUCUCCCAGCUGGAAGACGCCAAGAAGAAAAAGGACGAGGAGGCGAAUAGUUGGCAGAAAAGGGUGAGAAUUAAUCAAAGAACC